AUGCCAUCAAUGCCGAACAGACGGAACACAGAAACAGAUGAAGUGAGCGUGAUCGCCCGCGACCGGGCAUGCGUCAGGACAGAACAGUACAGACACAGUGAAGUGAUGAGAAGCUUCGGGCACAGCCACAUUCAACGGUGCGUUCAAGCCAUGGCUGUGGUCGGAGACGGCCAACAGAAUCGGAAUGGGAAACGUUCGGCCGUCGGACGUCACAAGGGAUCAUGUACACCGACACCGCGCGGACAAACCCUGAGGGAAGCACGCGCGGGCGCGGGCACGGGAGUCGCUUACCGAGUUGCUAACGGUCCGUCGCUGCUGACCAAACAAGCAUAA